GAGAGAGAGAGAGAUAGUUUCUCCUAAACUUCCCACACGCAUAAGUUGAACUGACAGAGCCUGUCCCAUACUGAACACAGCGCGUGCAACUCACUUUCGGAUCUUGUUAUACCUCAGCUCUACUUAUACACCAGACGUAUAUUACCAGUAAAUAAGGCAUUUAAAUGAAAGAGGAUUAUUACCGCCGGUGCAACAUUGCAGUUCUAUUCAAAUGGCUUUGGGAUUGUUUUUCGCCAUGAGAACCCAUUCACGCGCACAUCGGCCCUCCUGACGCACGAGGAAACAACAAACCACCUGUUUUGGGGAAAAAAGAAAACUUCCCACGGAUAUAACGCACAGUCCUCGAGCGCGCUGCACGUGUCAACACAUCACUUUCGGAUCUUUACUUUUAACCCUAAUCGGUGUCUGAGAAGCCAUGUGACAGUCCAAGGAGUUUUUUAUUUUAUCCAUGCACUGUUUCAACGUAUUAAAUAUAUAUAUAUAUUUUUUUUGUUAUUGCUGUUUUUAAAAUCUGCCAGCGGAUCGAGCGCGUGCACGGUGAACAGCGUCAGAGCGGUAGAAUGAGGAAUGACGCGCGUGCACGAUGGCCCGAGAGGACUCGGUGAAGUGCCUGCGCUGUCUGCUGUACGCUAUCAACUUACUGUUCUGGCUAAUGGCUCUGUGUGUGCUGGGAGUUGCUGCUUGGCUUAGAGAUUACCUGAACAAUGUGCUCACCUUAACUGCAGACACCAGGCUGGAAGAAGCAGCGGUCCUCACAUACUCCCCUGCGGUCCACCCUGUUGUCAUCGCCGUGUGCUGUUUCCUAAUCAUCGUGGCCAUGGUGGGCUACUGUGGCACACUGAAAUGCAAUCUGCUACUCCUCUCCUGGUACUUUGGCAGUCUGUUGGUGAUCUUCUGUGUGGAGUUGGCCAGCGGCGUGUGGACAUAUGAGGAGCCCUCAGUCCAGAGGUCAGAUAUGAUCAGCCUGAAGUCACGUAUGCCCAACUACGGCCUGCAGCGAUAUCAGUGGCUAACACACGCCUGGAACUCCUUUCAGACUGAGUUCAAAUGCUGCGGCGUGAUCUACUUCACCGAUUGGCUAGAGAUGACGGAGAUGGAGUGGCCACCUGACUCCUGCUGCUCCAAUCAGUAUGCAGGCUGUGCUCGCCACGCCCACUACAGUGACCUGAGCGACCUGUACCAGGAGGGCUGCGGUCCAAAGAUAUACAGUUUUAUCCGAGGCACGAAGCAGCUGCAGGUCCUUCGCUUCCUGGGCGUGUCUAUAGGAGUGGCGCAGAUCCUGGCUAUGACGUUGACCCUCACGUUGCUCUGGGCACUCUACUAUGACCACAAACCUCCUGAUCUUACUCCUCCUGAAACAAUUACACAUACACACUGCCUAGCCGAAGAGUCACAAAAGCCUGGACCCGGGUACCUACGGACAUCUGACACCUGGGCUAACGGACGUAGCCAUUUUGAAAUGGAGCAACUUUGCUAGCAAACACUGUAUGACAAAUAAACGGACUGGUUUCUUUACAGUUCUGUACAGCCAUCCAUUGCCGCUGUUUUUUUUUCCAUAACAUCUAAAACUUAUGGAGCUUCUUCAGUACACUGGAACUACCGGAAAAUGGAGAUGAGGUAGCAAGAAAGCACUCUAUUUGAGCACGGAGGUGUCCUAUACGAGCAAGGAAGUGCCAUGUAUGAGCAGGAAAGUGCCCAAUAUGAGCAGGAAAGCACCCUAUAUGAUCAAGGAAGUGUCAUAUACAAGCAGGGAGGUACCCUAUAUGGGCAGAAAUGUGCCCUAUAUGAGCAAGGAAGCACUGGAUAUAGCAAGGAAGUGCCCCAUACAAGCAGAGAAGCACCCUAUAUGGGCAAGGAGGCGUCCUAUUAGAGCAGUAAAGCGCCUUAUACAAGCAGAAAAGCACCUUAUAUGAGCAAAGAGGAACACUGUACAAGUAGGGAAGCGCCCUAGACGAGCAUGGAAUCAUCCCAGAUAAGCAAGGAAGCCCCUUAUACAAGGAUACACAUUAGGAUGCUGUAGAACACUUACAACAUACCCUUAAAACCUCUAGACUUUCAUCCAAAGAAGACUGUGGAAAUGGACCUAAAAAGCUAUUCAGCUUUCCCCCUAAAACCACUGAACUGUAAAAGACUUCAGGAGGCUACAAGGCUUUUAUGUACAUAUUUUUACCUGACAAUUCAGGGUUUUAAAGGGCAAUAAUCACUAGACAUAUGCAUAAACUUGGGUCUUAACUGUAUUUUUAAUAGUCUAUUAAUAAAUUCUUAACUAUUCUAAGUUUUUUUGGAUGUACUUCUACAUGUCUUAAUUCACUAGCACUGUGAUUUAAAUUAUAGAACAGUUUUAGUUUUAGACAUCAAAACCUUACAGCUGUGGCUUUGCUGAGAACGGCUGAAAACACGCCGUGCUUCGUAAUUACGUAUCGUGUACACUGAAGCAUGUUUGAGACUUACAGUGCAUUUAACAAUCAGAAUCUCGCCUUUUGGCAUUUUCAGUGUGUGUUUGUUGAAACUGUACUGAAAUGUAGUCCAUACCUUGCUUAAGGAGAGUUCCAGGCUGAGUUCUAUUCAGCAGGAUGCAGUAGGUAUAGUGUGUUUUGUAAUGACUGCAAACUGGGCUUAUUACAAUAGCACAGUUUGCAGUCAUUAAAAACACUUUACACCUAUAGAAAUAAUAAUCAGCACUAGGGUGGAAACAGCCGAAGGGCUUCAAGGCUUCCUUACAGAAGGAAAAAAUAAACAAUAAAAGAAUAUUCUCA